AUGCAGAUCCCUAUCACCUUUGUCACGACCGUCAUUGCCUUCUCAGGCGCGGUCUCCGCGUUGCCGCAAGCCAUAACGGGAAAGGCUACUGACUUUGGAACCUACUUUUGCCAGACUCGCACCGACGCCGGCAGCAAAAUUGUGGCCAACAACAACUUUUGCAAGGCAGCUGGCGGAGCAGUUUUAGCUUCGGAGGGUUUCUGCUGCAUCCGAAACAACAACUUCAAGGUUCUCCAGGCCAUGGUGAAGGGCUGCAACGACAACAAGCUGGUCUUCAGCCAGAAUGACACUCCUUGCUCGCCUUGA